AUGUCAUGUUGUGAACAUCGACCCAGCGGCACCUCUUCAUCUUCGAUUCCUAUCUCCCCACUGCUCCUUUCUAAUCAAUUGGUGGUGGAGGGAAGAACGACGAGAGAGCUGAAACCGAUGAUACAGUCUCUAAUACUCCUGCUACACUUGAAACGUUUGCUGAAAGAAUUGCACACUACAUGUUUGAUGUUAUGCUUGAGUGGAACUUAUCUUCAUGAAUUUUUUUUUGAAGAUGGUUCAUGUUUUAUAGUUCAGCCAGCUUAUCAUUUUGAAUUUUGGUUGAUACUAAGUUUGUUCAUCCAAAAUCUACAAAAGGGUAUAACCGGAUGGUUGGUGAUGUUGGAUAUGGUCGCAACUACUAUUUUUGGCCUUAAUCAUGGAAAGCCACACUUCUUGAAGGAGAACGCAUCUUUCGUGAAUUCAACAGGUAUUCAUGUGAACCUGCAUCAACUGUUAUCAUCACAUAAAAUUUGAAGUUGGUACAAAUAUUGUUGUAAUUGGUGCUCAAAGUUGCUGGUAUUCUAGAGCAUUUAUGGUUAUUUGUGUGUUUGUGAUGGUUCCAGUAUGAACGGUGUGACAAUAUUUGUAAAGAAUAUUUGUUUUGAUGAUUAGGGAACCAUGUAAAAG